AUGCAUAAGUUGGAGUCAUUGGACCCUCCAUUGUUUCCAAAACUUGGGUGGGCGUCGACUGGAGAGUACGAGGGCUAUUACAACAAAGGCACGUUUCUUGAUUUUCCAGUACCAAAGACGUAUGGAGUGGCUCAUCAUCAGACAGGCCUAGGGGUAUAUGUUUCGACGGACGGAAAUGGAGUCGACAACAAUUCGGUCGUGAUCAAGAAGCUUAAUCACAAUGCUAAUGAGCGUGACCGCCGCAAGAAGAUGAACUUUUUGUUCUCAUCUCUUCGUUCAUGUCUUCCAGCCUCUUAUCAACAUAAGAAGCUAAGUAUUCCUCGGACGGUUCUGCAGAGCUUGAAGUACAUACCGGAGCUACAAGAGCAAGUGAAGAAUCUGAUCCAAAAGAAGGAAGACCUCUUGCGGCGAAUAUCGGAUCAAAGAGACAAUGGACGCUGCGUUAAGCCACAAUCAAAGGCGGUUGCUAGUUAUGUCUCCACCGUUUUUGCGACUAAGCAUGGAGAUAACGAAGUGAUGGCCCAAAUCUUAUCUUCCAAGAUCCAUAAGUUUUCAAUAUAUAAUGUGUUGAGUGGAUUAGAAGAAGAUGGGUUUGUUGUUGUGGAUGUUAAAUCUUCGAGUUCUCGAGGAGAAAGAAUCUUGUACACAUUGCAUCUUCAACUGGACAAGACUGAUCACUACAAGCUAAUCUGCCAAGAGUUAAGUCAAAGGAUGUUGUACUUGUAUGAGGAGCGUGGAAACUCGUUCAGAUGAUGUUCUUGGUUCUUUUAGUUAUGUCGUCUUUUCAAUAGAAAUUUUCUUGACCAGUGCGCUGUAGUUGAG